AUGAGACCUGUUCCCUAUGCCUGGGCAUCCAGGCGCUCUCUAGCAGCAGCAGAAGCAGCAGCAGCAGCAGGAGCUGCUGCUGCUGCUGCAGCAGAAGCAGCAGCAGCAGCAGCAGAUGAAGACGCAUGCAUAUGUGAAGAAGCAGAAGCAAAUGAGCUGCUGCUGCUGCUGCAGCGCCGCGAUGCUGCUCGCUGCUUCAAAGCCCAGCAGCAGCAGCAGCAGAUAGAUGGCUCGCCGCUGCACCGGAGUUUACGGCAGCAGCAGCAGCAGCAGCAGCAGCAGCAGCAAGGUUUGUCUGCUGCUGCCUUUGAAGGGAGACUAAGUCACAGCGAAAACGCAGCAGCAGCAGCAGCAGCAGCAGCAGCAAGCCCUGCAGCAGCAGCAGCAACAGCAGCAGCAGCAGCAGCAGCAGGCAGCAGCAGCAGCAGCAGCAGAUGA